AUGCGUUCCUACCUGCUCGCCAUUACUCUGGCCCUUAGAGGUGCCUUCGCGGCUUCCAUGAAGCCAGGCACAUUCUGCCACUUUUCCGAGUCGUGCGACAACAUCAAGAUCGUCGACAACUUUUUCCUCUCUGCCACCUGCAGGGACGAGACGCUUUCCUACAAGCACGCCAACACGCUCGACUUGAACCUGUGCAUCGGUAUCAACCAGACCACCGCUAAUCUGCUGUGGGAGCCCUACGGCAAAAUCGCCAACUACUGCACGGACUGUGCCUUGGUCGAGGGCUCUAGCAUUGCCUGCCAGUGCUCGCCGCUGGUUAGUGCCGAGAACAACGCACCCACCCAGUCGUAUCUCGACCUCGAUACUGGAAUCGGAAACGACAAUGGCACCCUAACGUGCUCGGGAGGUAUUGGUUCCUUCAACUGA